AUGGCCGACUCCAACCCCGCAAACUUCGCCAACCUUCCCAAGGACGAGCUUCGCGAGAUCGCAGCCAAGGGCGGGCAUGCCUCUCACGGUUCCAACAACGAUGCUGAGGACCACUCCGACCGCAACCCCGAUGGCACCUUCACCAAGGGCUCCGACCUCGCAAAGGAGCUGGGUGCCAAGGGCGGCCAUGUAGCUCAUGAGCAUGCCCUUGAGAAGGAGGCUGUCGAGCAGGAUGGUCGUAACCCCGACGGCACGUUCAAGGCGGGCAGCAAGUUGGCACAGGAGCUUGGUGAGAAGGGCGGACAUGCUGCUCAUGAGAAGUAA